ACCGGAGGUAGUAUAAUUUAUGUGCUCUAUAUCUCAUCUCACAUACAACAGAAGCAGCAGAGAAGACAGGUACUCCAAAAUAAAAAUGGGAAAGGAGAUUCCUCAAACACAAGCAAUUCUCAACUGUAUCGACCUCUCCAAUCCUAACAUCGACCAUAACGUUGAUUUACUCAAACAGUCUUGCACCGAUUCUGGUUUUUUCUACCUUAUCAAUCAUGGAAUAAGCCAAGACUUUAUGGACGAGGUUUUUGCCCAGAGCAACACAUUUUUCACUCUUCCUCUCAAUGAAAAGAUGAAACUUCUCCGUAACGAUAGCCAUAAGGGUUAUACUCCUGUUCUUGAUGAAAUUCUUGAUCCUCAAAACCAAUUACAUGGAGAUUACAAAGAAGGGUACUAUAUUGGUGUUGAAGACAAUGACUCUCUUCAUCAUAAGCCUUUUUAUGGCCCUAACCAAUGGCCUGCAUCAGAUGUUCUGCCUGGAUGGAGGGAGACUAUGGAAGAAUACCAACGCCGAGCAUUAGAAGUGGGAAAAGCACUUGCAAGGAUAAUAGCCCUUGCACUUGGUUUGGAUGCUAAUUUUUUUGAUAAACCAGAAACCCUAAGAGAGCCCAUUGCCAUUUUGCGCUUGCUACACUAUCAAGAUAAAGUUUCAGAUCCCUCACAAGGGUUAUACGCAGCUGGAGCUCAUACUGACUAUGGUCUGAUUACUCUGUUGGCAACAGAUGAUGUCCAGGGUCUUCAGAUAUGCAAGAAUAAGGAUGCUAAACCUCAGAUAUGGGAGGAUGUGACACCAUUGAAAGGAGCAUUUAUAGUUAACCUUGGAGACAUGCUAGAGCGCUGGAGCAACUGUACUUUCAAGUCUACAUUGCACAGAGUUAUAGGAAAUGGUCAAGAGAGAUAUUCUAUUGCAUAUUUCUUGGAGCCUGGUCAUGAUUGUCUAGUGGAGUGUUUGCCAACUUGCAAAUCAGAUGAAAAUCCUCCCAAAUUUCCUCCAAUAUAUUACCGGGACUACUUCAGUCAGCGCUUCAAGGAAACACAUGCUGAUCUGCAUGUAUACAGCAAACAAUAAUCUUGGAGCUGUGCGGCUUGGAGGGCUCUUUUUUUAACUCUACUUUCUAUGAUUAAUUAUAAGCUUAAUUGGACUUUUGAUCCCCUAAGUAAUUUGUUGUUUUCAUUUUAGUCCCAUAACUCGUAAAAUCAACAUUUUGGUCCCUCAACGUUUGCACCGUUAGUCAAAAAGGUCCCUGACCGUUAAUUUUAA